CUAUUUGUACAUUUAUAAAUUGCUAGUGAUAGUCAGAAACUUUGGCAAUAUUCGCAACCAGUAUUUUCAUUUUUGCCAUGACCGUAGACAACGACUUCGCUAGCACCAGGCCCAUUCCGACCGGACACACCAGCUCAAGAAAUAGUAUCCCGGACAGGAGAAUUCGUGCAAUGGCUGUCAUGGCACCAGAUGAGCUCAAGCACGUUGGGAACGAGUUGCUGGCAUGCAUGAGGCUGCGCCAAAAGUAUAUCGAUUUGAGCCUUCAGAGUAUGCAUGAGUAUCUGAAGAACAUGGAACAAGCCAGCGAGCAGAGCAACGGUGUGCUAGAGGACGAAUGCGUGUUUGAGAUGGUCGAAUCGGGCGUAUUCUCCGUGUUUGAAAACCAAAAGGCCAAAGACGAUGGCCAGGAGCCGUUCACUAAGGUGCCGUCUAUCAAGGAGUACUACAUGGAUCUGGAUUAUGUGCUUGACACGAUCUCAGACGGCCCCAUCAAGACUUGGGCCUUCCACCGCUUGCAGUAUCUGGAUGCGCGCUGGCGUCUGUACAUGCUACUUAACGAGCGCGAGGAGACCAUGCAGUCCAAGAUGGUGCCCCACCGUGACCUGUACAACGUAUGCAAGGUUGACGGGCAUAUUCACCUCGCCAGCGCAAUCACUCAGGCAAACCUGGCCAGGUUCAUGAAAACGAAGCUCAUGACCGAACCGGACCGCCCCGUCAUUGUGCGUGACGGUCAGACGCUGACACUGAAGCAGGUUUUCGAGUCGCUCAACCUGACUGCGGACGACCUGUCGAUCGACACCCUGGACAUGCACGCGCACAAAGGCGCAUUCCACCGCUUCGACAAGUUCAACUCUUCGUUCAACCCUGUGGGCCAACCUCAACUACGCGAAAUCUUCAUGAAGACCGACAACUUUAUCGACGGCGAGUAUUUUGCGCAGAUCACCAAGGAGGUCAUGUCCGAUCUUGAGCAGAGCAGGUACCAGAUGGCCGAGUACCGCGUCUCAAUCUAUGGCCGCUCUAUCGACGAGUGGGACAAGCUGGCAGCAUGGGUCGUCGACCACAAGCUGUUCUCAAACAACGUGCGCUGGCUGAUCCAGACGCCGCGCCUGUACAAUAUCUACAAGGCCAGUGGCCAGGUUGAGAACUUUGAGCAGGUGCUCCGCAACAUCUUCCAGCCCCUGUUCGAGGUCACCAAGGACCCGAGUUCGCACCCCAAGCUACACAUCUUUUUGCGGCGUGUUGUUGGAUUCGACACCGUCGACGACGAGUCCAAGCCCGAGCGUCGCAUGCACAAAAAGUACCCGCUGCCGUGUGUCUGGGACUCGGAGUCCAACCCGCCCUACACGUACUACUGCUACUUCACCAUGGCCAACCUGUGCUCGCUGAACCAGUGGCGAAUGCGCCGCGGCUUCAACACCUUCGUGUUCCGCCCGCACGCCGGCGAGGCCGGUGACACCGAGCACUUGUCGGCUGCGUUCCUCACUGCCCAGGCAAUCAACCACGGCAUCCUGCUGCGCAAGGUCCCUGCACUGCUGUACCUGUACUACAUGGAGCAGAUCGGCCUGGCCAUGUCGCCGCUGUGUAACAACGCGCUGUUUCUUGAGUAUGAGCGCAACCCAUUCGACGCGUAUUUCCGGUGCGGGCUCAAUGUGGCUCUGUCGACUGAUGCACCACUCCAGUUUCAUUUCACCAAGGAGCCACUGGUGGAGGAGUACUCAUUCGCAGCGCAGUUCUGGAAGUUCUCGAGCAUCGAUAUGUGCGAGAUGGCCAUGAACUCGGUCAUCCAGAGCGGGUUUGAGGCUGAGGUCAAGCGCCACUGGAUUGGCAGUGACUAUCCGGAAACCUCACAACCAGAUACCAACAGGACCAAUGUCCCACUACGCCGUUUGCAGUAUCGCGCUACAACGCUCGAGCAGGAGCAGGAGGUGGUAAAGAAGAUGGCGAAUGAGGGGUCUGACACUCUCCACCCGGACCACGUCGUAUUUUGCUGAGCUAGCGUGAUAUUUUAUACCCAGUUUACCCGAUUAGAUGAGAUUUCCAACAUCUACCAUACCCACCAAAAACAGAAUUUUGCAUAUAAUA